UCAUGUGCAUACUUGUGGUUGCCGCCUUUAGAAGCACCACAGACAUUGCAAAUGCAUACGGUAAUGUUUCUUCCUCAGGGCUUUCGAAUUUCCCUAACAUUUUUAGAAGCAUUUCCUGCAAACAGUCAGUCUAAGGACUUCAUUGCUCCCUAAAACUGUGAUUCCUGAAUUUUGGAAAUAUUUAAUCUUGGUCCUAUAAUUUUUGUUUGUAAUAACUUGAAAAUUUGAAGUGGUUCAGGAAUGAUUUGUUAACAACAUGAUAUGCAUUUUCCACAAAUUCGUUCCUAUUUUUUUUUUCUAGUGUAUUCUGACCCUUCUCACAUUUCUGUGACCAAUAGCUUCUCAUUUUUUUCAAGGUGAGCUCACCAGCCUAAAUUCCUUUGUCGAAUAAGAACUUGACUCUUGAAUAUGUCACAGCACUAUCAUGGUAGAACCCGUGACCAAUGGUCCUCCACAAAAACACACAAUUUUAGCAGGAGAGUAGGAAAUGUUACAGUUAUAGACAGAUAUCUAAAUUCAGCAAUUAUUAAUUAGUACUCAUUGUUCUCGCAGGCAUUGCUGAAGUUGGUGUCAUGAUUGUGAGCACUACCUUGGUGACCAUUGUUAUGCUUCUAAUUUGGCAAACCAACUUGUUUCUAGCUCUGUGUUUCCCACUUGUAUUUGGAACAGUAGAGCUCCUCUACUUGUCUGCUGUUCUAUCCAAAAUUUUUGAGGGUGGUUGGCUUCCCCUGGUAUUUGCUACUUUCUUCCUGUGUGUUAUGUACAUUUGGAACUAUGGAAGUGUGUUGAAGUACCAGAGUGAGAUCAGAGAGAAGAUCUCAAUGGAUUUCAUGCUUGAGCUUGGAUCCACCCUUGGGUCUGUAAGAGUUCCAGGAAUUGGAUUACUGUACAACGAGCUGGUUCAAGGGAUUCCUUCUGUUUUUGGGCAGUUCCUUCUGGACCUUCCAGCUAUCCACUCUACUAUAGUGUUUGUUUGCAUCAAGUAUGUCCCUAUCCCAGUUGUCCCUCAAGAAGAAAGGUUCCUGUUUCGAAGGGUUGGUCCAAAAGACUAUCAUAUGUUCCGGUGUGUUGCCAGAUAUGGCUAUAAAGAUAUCAGAAAGGAAGACCACCAUGCAUUUGAGCAGCUUUUAGUUGAAAGCCUUGAGAAUUUCUUGAGGAAGGAAGCUCAAGAUCUUGCCUUGGAGAGUAGUUUAAAUGAAGUGGAGAUUGAUAACAUUUCAGUGACAACAAGGGAUUCUGAAGAUCAAGAUGGUGAUGGGAUGGGGGAGCUUAGGGUCCCAUUGAUGCAUGAUCAAAGAUUGGAAGAACCAGGAACCUCCACUUCAUCAGGAGCUGUCUCGGCAUUGCCGACUAGUGUCAUGUCUCCAGAUGAAGAUCCAAGCUUGGAGUAUGAGCUUGCAGCUCUUCGAGAAGCCACUGAGUCUGGAUUUACUUAUUUGCUUGGGCAUGGUGAUGUGAGGGCGAAGAAAAAUUCCUGGUUCAUUAAAAAACUGGUGAUAAACUAUUUUUACGGAUUUUUGAGGAGGAACUGCAGAGGAGGUGCGGCAACCAUGAAGGUUCCUCACAUGAAUAUAAUGCGAGUUAGAAUGACAUACAUGGUUUGAUAUGUCCUCCUCCUCCUCAUCUUAAAUGUUGCCUUUUUUAUGCUAUCAUUGUUUGAUUGUAUUUGUAGGUGUUAGAGAAAACCUUGUAUCUCAGUUUUUAAGAGACACAUUCUAUGAUAAUAAGGAAUGUACCAUGUUUCAAAACUAAACCUUGUAUCUCAAUUUUUAAGAGACAUCAUAUGAUUAGUGAG